AUGUUCAAAGGGUUGAAGUCUAAGCUGGAGGAUGAAGCAAAGAAGCUGCAAGCAUCUGUGCAGCAAUACAGUGAACAGCUCACUCAGCAAGUUGAACAUAUGAGACAUGCUGCAAGUGACGCAGGUAGCGAAGGCGGCUCGAGCAUAACUCGAAGAUUCUUGAACACCGUCGGGGGAUCCUCUUCUCCCGAUCCUCAUAGCGUACAAGAUUCGCUUAACCUUUCGGUUGGUGACACGCUCAUGGAGGAGGUGACUGAAGGUGACUUGUUAGGACUGGAAUUAUCUUCCAGGCAACGGCGUCUUUCUGGAGGUUCGACGCAUAGCACUGAAAGUUCAUUAUCUACGCUGUUCCAAUCUGUGCCUGGCUUAGCUGGCACUACCUUGGACACAGCUGACUCUGACAAUGAAACACUGGAUGAGUACGGUUCAGGAGUGAUUAAGACAGCUAGCAAGGAUCAGAUUUCAAAUGUCUUAUCGCGACUGCAAGGACGUGCCACUUCCUAUAAAGAUAAGUACAGGGAUUUGGUGAAGAAAUACAAUGAAGUAGUAACGGAGAACAACAAAUGCAGGACCGUGUUAGCACAAACUCAGGAUAAAGCGCUUGCAAGGAUUGAUAAGUUAAGAAAUGAAAAGAAGGUACUAGCAGAAAGACUACGCGAGAUCGAGGAGAGCCGAAGCAGUUCUUCGCCUGCUGAUCAAAAGCUGCGCCGUUACGAAGAAAUGCUGGAGAAAUGUAAAGCAGAGAUAACAAAAAAUCGAACAAAAAUAAAAGAGUUAACACAGGAGAACGAGAAACUUUUGCAGAACAUCCGUGCAGCUGAGGGCGAGUCGGACAUUUCGUCACUGGUGGUUGAUCGAGUAACGAACGAAUGGAAACAGCGAAUCGACAAGGUUGAAGAAGAAUGGACAGCGCGAAUGAACAAGAACGAUGAAGAUCACGCAAUUCAAUUAGCAACGGCAAAAGCAGAAAUGCACGCCGCUCUUGAAGCAAAGGACAGAGAGCUUGAAUCCUGGAGAUCCAAAUGUCAUACUUUGGAGUUUCAAGAUGGGCAAGCCAACGAACGUUGGCAGAAGAAAGUGGAUGAGUUGCAGCAAAUUAUUCAGGCAUUGGAAGUCGAAAAAGGUGAUAUGAUUGAAAAGCUGUCUACGGCAAAGCAACAGGGUGUAAAAGCUGUUCGUGAUGAGGAAGAGAAGAAGCGUGAGGAUCUAUUGGCUGAGUUUGAGACCAAAGAAAAGAGGUCCAGUGAGGAAUUCAUGGCAAAGCUGCAAGAAAUUGAAAUGGCUAAAGAUGACGAGAUUGAAAAAUUGAAAUCUGAUUUGGAAUCUGCUCGAAGCUCCGAAAUUUCUAUGAGAGAGGCGCAUGAGGGAACUCUUUCCGUCGAACUUGAGAAUGUGCGAAAGCAGCUAACUGACAUGGAGGAACGGAGUAGGAAAGAGGUCUCUGAGUUGAAAGAUUCAAUGGCCGCAACAGUGGAGAAACAUCGCAUUGAAGUAUCUGAGCUUGUAAGAGAACACGACGAAAUUGUUGCCUCUGUGAAGCAGCAACAGGCGAUUGAACUUCAGGCUGCAACCGAAAGGUUUGAACAAGCGCAAGAGCAGGCCGAUGGUUUGCGUUUGAAAAACGAAAGGUUGGAGAAACAACUGGAAGAAGCUGAUGAAACGUGUGCCAAAGAAAAAGAUCAGAUUGAGAACUUAAAGGAGCAGUUGACAUCACUUCAAGAGAAAUUGAAGAAUCAGGAUGCAGUUCAACAUGAACGAACUGAGAAUGAAAUUGUGGAUUUGCGUAACUCGUACAGCAGACUUUGUGAGUCGAAUGAUGACCUCAAAAAACAGCUUGAUGUUCUCAAUAAGAAAACAGCUGAACAACUUCUAGAAGCCAACCAAAAAGAGUCGACUGUACGUGCGGAACUUGAAGAGCUGCGCUCUAUGCUGGAAUCGCGGAAUGCACAGUUCCGCCUGAUGGAGCUGCGUACAGAAGAGCUCGAAGCUGAACUUGCUACUGCUCGUGAACUAUCUACAAUGCAUGAACAUUUGAAAGCUGAGCUAGAGAAGGUCCGAAAACAACGCGACGAUGUCGAACUGAUGGUGGCUUCGCUUAGAGAGCGUGCUGAAAGGGCAGAGAAAACAUUAGAAGAAGAUCGUGCACGCUUGCUAGAAGAACGCUCUGCUUUGGAAAAAUCAAUGGAAGAGCGAGAAAAACUGGAGGUGUUAGUACCUCUAUCAUCAGACUCAAAGACUGGAGAUAUGGGAAAUGACAACUUAACUGAACUUAUCGAUUUGACAUCAACCACUGCUGUAGAAAUGACUACAACUGAUGAGCUGCAACAGUUACGAGCAGAAAUCGCUCAACUCAACCACUUAAACAGACAGCUGUCGAAUAGGAUUCAGCAGCUAGAGGUGGAAAAGAACACAUUCGAGACCACACAGGGAGUAACUCCCGGAUUAUUGGAGGAUCUUAGGCUGGGCGAUGCCAGUUUUUUCGAUAAAUCUGCCAUGCUUGAGAAACUCGAUAAGUUGGAGGCGGAAACAAAGGACGUCGUGCUGAACAUGUCAGAAAAAGCGGAGAGUGUGGAGCUGGAAAAUAUUCGACUAACAAAUGAACUUAAAAAGAAUGUUUUGGAAAUAGAGAAGGCACGAGUGCAUAGGGAAGCUCUGGAAUCUCAGUUACAGGAAUUAAAGGAAUUGUUUGCUAAUCGCCAUCCUAACACCAGUGAAGCGGAGAUGAUGAGUCAUAUCGAAGAGGAACACCUCUCUGGUGGUCGUGGCGAUCAAAAAAUGCACUUCAAUUCGCCGUUAGGGAACGAGUCUGAAGAGUUGCGCUUGUUUGAGAUGAAACAACAACACGAGGCUGAAAUCACUCUGUUGAAUGAUAAUAUUCGAACUUUAACCAGUGAAAAGAAUGCUCUCGAGUCUCGCCACGUUGAAUCGGAGCAUCAACGAGUUUCUCUUGAAGAGCAACUCGCAAUUUUGAAUGAGGAGAUCAAGCAACUGAGGGAUUCGGUGACUGAGGAAAAAAAGCGCACCGAUGAAGCAUUCGAAAUUGUAAAGCAAAAGACAGUUGAGCAUGAGGAAAAAUCUGCGGCCCUUUUGUUUGAUCUUAAAGAAAAGGUUGACAAUGUGUCGAGAUUGGAAGAAGAACUGGAGGAGGCUAGGAAAAAAGAGGAAGACGCUCAUUCUCGUCUGGCAGUCAGCGAGAGUAAGUGCAGUGAACUCGAAACCCGGCUAGACGAUCUCGUAGUGGAGCUAGAUAAAACAAGUGCAACUCUCGCUGAAGAACGGGCUCGUGCUAGAAGCGAACUCACUCAUCUUCAAGAGCUUCGAAGUGCCGCAGAAACUCAAAACUCUAAACUGGAACAAAUUACAGCGCAGCUGGAGGCUACUGAAGAGAAAUUACAAGCUAAGGAACAAGAAUUGGAAGCUGCAAAGCAUGCUCAGAUGAAAAAGUCUUCGGUGGUAUCUGAUCUAGAGGAUCAAGUGGCCCAUUUGGAGCACCAGCUUCAAGAAAAUGCGAAAAAGGCAGCAGAAGAUUUGGAGAGGUCUUCAGCCACGCAUAAGCAACUAGAACAGAAUCUAUUAGCAGAAGAGAAACGCGUUUUGGAGUUGCUAGAACAGCUCAAAACUGAGAAAGCUGAAGCGAAACGAAGAGAACACAGGGCUAAAGAUGACGCUAAACAAGACCAGGCUUCUCCAACGGCGUCUAAAAUCCGUGAAUUAGAAGAACUAAACGAUAAAAUGCGGGUAGAAUUCAUAGCGAAGGAGAAUGUUAUAAAAGAACUUCGAGCUGAAAUUGAGAAGAUUCAAUCGCAGUAUAAGGAGAGCAGUGAUGCAGAUGAAAAGAAGCUCAGAGCUGCAGAGGAUCGUAUUGCUCAGUUAAAGGCUGAGUCAGAAAAAGCCACCUCUUCCAUCGUGGAAACUCAGGCGAAGCUGUUAGUAGCUGAAGAAAAGCUUCGGAACGUCGAGGAAUCCCGAAAGCAAGAAAAAUCUGAGGAAGAAAGGAUAAGGGAGCAAUAUGCCAACGCUUUGGAGAAUCUGAAAUCUGAACUAGCUGAAGCCCAUAGCCGCAUGAAGGCAACUGAAUCAGCCGAAAAAGAGUGCGAGAAACUGCGACUGGAGUUGGAGCAGGUCAGAAAACAGUGUGAAGAAGAGAUUGCCAAGCAGAAAGAGGAGUCGGAAACUUCUGUUCAAGAGUUCAAAACGAGAGCAGAAAAGAAGCUUGCUAAGAUCAAAGCAGCAGCAGAAAAAGACGUCACUUCGGCUAAAGCCGAACUCCUACUUGAGAUGGAUGAACUGAGACGGAAUUUGUCGGAUCGAGAUCGCCGCAUUGAUGAACUUGUAGUAGAGAAAGCUCGUAUGGAGCAACAAAUAAUAGGACAGCAAGAGAUCGAAAAAGAACUGGAACAGCGUCGGACCAAAGAAAAAGAACUGACUGAUUUCCGAAAGACCGUCGAAAGGCGUGUUGUAGAGCUCGAAACAGAAAAUAGAUUGCUAGGAGAGAGGAAUGCGGAGCUCAGCAAAUGCAAAGAAGAAAAUGAUGCUCGUACGGAAGAAAGUCAAAAAAAUAUACAACAACUUCAGGAUAAGAUCAAGUCGCUCGAAAACGCUAACGAAGAGGGUUUCCGAAAGGCUGCCGCCAAACACGAUAGCGACAGCAAAAAGGCGGUGAGAGAGCUCCAAAGAGAAGUGAAGCAGCUUUACGUGGAGCUCAAUGAGAAGACCGAAGCUUUGGAUACGGCAAACGCAAGAUUGGCCGAGUUGGAAUCGAGCAGUUCCAAAGAAGAUGAAGAAACCAUUGAAAGGCAAACGCAUCAGAUGGAGGACGCAUCGCCAAAUUACGGGUAUGAAGAAGAGUUGGAGUCGAUGCGUAAGAAGUUGAAGGAUUCGCACAGAGAGGUUGACAGCUUACGAGAGGAAAAUUCACGCCUUGAACGAUUAAUGGACCAACAGAGCAAAGCAAAUGCUAAUACUCCAGCAAUAAUACAUGUGAAUGGUGGUGACUGUGUCGGAUUCGCAGAUCCCGCGGAAGCUGAGUACCUCAAGAAUGUUCUCUAUCGAUACAUGUACUCGAGAGAAAAUCUUGGCAAAGAAGCUGUGACACUUGCUCGAGUAAUUGGUACAGUAGCGAAAUUUUCGAAGUCAGAGAUGGAGAACGUGAUAACAAGAGAGGAGUCACGUGUGGCCGGAUGGGUUGGAGGCACAGUCUCACACGUUCUCACUGGGCGAUAA